AUGUCAGACCUGGCCCGCAGGAUGUUUGCCAUGGAGUACAAUUCAAUGCUUCUGUACCGCUUUCGUCCACCAUAUUGUUUUGCUGCGUUGGUGUCAUCUGAAGCUGCUGAUGUUUCACAGUGUCUAGAUGAACUGAAGACACUGUGGGCCAAGCUUCUCGAGGCUGAACUUGCAGCGAUUCAGGACAAGUGGCUGGCAAAUUUCCUGCGUUCACUGCUAUGGCCGCGGUCCACAUUCUGCCGUGAGGUCUUGAUCUCACUGGCUGAGUGCAACUUCGACCACGUGCCUCCUGACAUCACUGAGAGGCUGACCAAGGUUUUCAGAUCCUUGGCGACGUCCCGAGUCUGUGAGCAGGCCUUCAAGACCCUGACUGAAGAUGCGGAGAAAACUUCACGAAUGGGACGCUGGUCGAGGCUGAUCCACUCAGAUGUCCUGAAAAUGGCCGGCCGCACAACGGUGGCACCUGACAUCCGUCAUGCCGCCGCAGCGCGCAGUCAGGGCCUCCAGGCGAACGGAAAGAUAAGCGUCGCCACCGACACAGGUUUCAGUUUGGGCCCUGAGUUCCUGAAAAAGUUUCUUGCAGACACAGAGGCUUUCGGCCUGACUUCGUACAACCUGGGUGGUGUCGCAACUCUACAACUCCUGAAGGCAACAAACCUGACAGGAAUGCGGCAGUCCUACUUGUCACUGAUGGCCAUUCCUGGGCAUUUGUUGUGGCGACCUGAUUUGGGACAGCGAGGGUACUGGGUCCUGAACACAUGUGUUCAUGGUGCGCUCGUGGUGGAGCUUACUGGUCCUGAUGCUCACCAUCGUUUCCGCCUUGAGCCACAAGCUGCUGAGAAACCUGAGCUGCUGCCGAUCACCAAUCCUGGUGGUUGGAAGGCGCGGAAACUGACAGCUGUACCACCUGUGCGAGCUCCUGACGGUCAGCAAAACGAGAUCAUUUUUCAGCCUGAUGAAACUGGCUACAGUCUGUUUGGGGUGGCAUGCCGCAGCGGAUUCCCCGGCUUCACCCUGACGCAACUGACGAUGCUGGCUGACUACCUCGGCUUGGACCGACGGGGAGUGCCACGUCUUCUGCCUGAUCUCCUUCACCUCCUGUGCCGUCAUGGCUGGCCAUCCAUGACAGAGGCUGAUUUUAAGGAGAUCCUGACAAAGCGUGGCCAGAAGCCGCUGAAGCAGGCAAGCCUUCUGCAAGAUGGUUUCGACAUCGCCGCAGAAGCUCUAGAGCCUGAUGAUUUUGCUGAGCUUGAAGAGCUUCUGGCAGACGAGGCGAAGGAGUGGAAGAAGCCUGUUCAGGCCAAGGCCAAGGCAAAGAGCAAGGCCCGCAAGAAGGCCGCGCCACUCCUGAACAAGAAAGUCCUGAACCUGGACGAGAUACGGCGUUAUUUGCCUGAAGUCAGUGGCUGCAACCUGACGCGUGAAAGAGACUGGCACCACAGGUACAAGAUCUCGUACCCGCGCGACCUGCCGCCAUUCUCCUUCUCCAUGGUUUUUGGAGAUGCUGGCCAGCCUGAUAGUAAUAAGCCCACCAUGCGUCAGGCAGCUGUCGCUUGCAUUCGCUGGGCUUGGACUGAGCACGAGCAGGCCACAGGAAAUCCCUGUCCUUGGAAUCUGGACGACAAGUGA